AUGAGAGAGAUGCAUCAAAUGACGAAUCGCGCAGGGCGAGAAAGAACCCUGUCUGAACCGCGUGCGAAGUACUGGAUCCUACGAGGGAGAAAUCUUGCAAAGAAGAUCACAAGAGAAUGCGUGCCUUGUAGGAAACAAAAGCAACCGCCACACACUACAAUGAUGGCUGAUCUUCCGAAAGAAAGAUUGCAGUUAGUCUCACCGCCUUUCAAGGUAACAGGAGUGGACUUAUUCGGGCCAUUCAGACUGAAGUAUGGAAGAAAGCAAUCGAUCAAGGCAUGGGAAGCAAUCUUCACCUGUGCGACCGUACGAGCGGUGCACUUGGAAAUCGUGGAGAACACAUCAGCGGAAGCGUUCCUCCAAGCAGUUAGACGAUUCGCCGCAACCCACGGAUGGCCAGAGACGUUGAUCUCAGACAACGGAGGCUCGUUUGUAGGAGCAGAAGCAGAACUCAGCAAACUAGUCAUCGAUGAGAAGAAGUGUCUUGAAGACUUUGCGAUGCUGCACAAGUUCAACUGGAUCUUCAUAUCCCCCUACAGUCCCCAUCAAGGAGGAAUGUACGAGAGUUUGAUCAAGCAAGUCAAGCACUCAUCGUGA